CAAUGUAGAGGCGUAAAAACUUUAAUUCUUGAUGAAGCAGACCAGUUAUUAGAUAUGGGUUUUCGAGAAGAUAUUCAAAAUAUCGUGGAAUUUUUCCCAAAAGAGAGACAAACUUUUCUAUUUUCCGCAACGGUUUCUUCACAAAUUCGACAAAUAGCCAAAAUGUCUCUCAAGCCUGAUUACACAUUUAUUGAUACCGUUGAUCCAAAUGAUGUUAACACGAACCUCCAAGUCAAACAAUCAUAUAUCAUAACCCCUUAUGAUUCGCAUCUCAACGUUAUUAGAAAUGUCAUGAAGGAACAUAAGAAAUCACAUAAAAAUGGAAAAAUAAUAAUGUUCUUAUCAACAAGAAUGGGAACCAUGCUUUAUGCCGAAUUUUUGAGAAAUCUAGGUGACAUAGAAGUUUAUGAGCUCCAUUCCGGUUUGUCACAAAACCAACGUUCCAGAGUAUCAGAGAGAUUCCGCAAAUCAAGAAAUAGUGCAGUUCUCGUUACUUCUGAUGUGUCAGCACGAGGUGUAGAUUACCCGGGGGUUACGAUGGUGCUUCAAGUUGGUGCGCCUUCUUCUCGGGAACAAUACAUUCAUCGUUUGGGGCGAACAGGCCGUGCAGGAAGAGAAGGUGAAGGAGUUCUUGUUCUGGCACCAUUCGAGAAAGGAUUCACAAAACUUAUUCAUAACCUACCAGUAAAAGAAGUAGACGGGCGAUCAUAUAUUCUUAAGGAUGAUGGUAUGAUCGAAAGAGCUCUUGAAGAGCUCGAUUAUGAUCAGAUUAGGAGUGCUAGUGCAGCCUUUCUAGGAUAUUAUUCAGGAAAAACAAGUACUUAUCUCAGAAAAGAUAAUUUAUUGCCAGCUGUUAAUGAAUUUUCAAAGUCUUUUGGACAAGACGUCCAAUUAAGUUCAUCUUUUUUGGAUAAGUUUGGGAUUGGUCAACCACGAGGUAAAUCAUUAUUGUUAAAUAGAAUAUCUUCAAGAAAUCAAAGUUUAUCUUACGGUAAACCACAACACAAAAGAGGAAGUAUUCGAAAUAGAUGGUAA